GAAACGACCCGUUUUACUCAUUAUUGUUUUCUAAUGACAUUUAUCAAUUUUACUGGGUAAUGCCUUUUUAAAAAGCGACUUGUACGAAGUCGUCAGCGAAAAUUUCUUUUUAUAUUGAAAUUGACUCAAAAGUGAGUGCGGAAUAAUAACAAUCACAACAUGUCACGUUUCUUUGCUACCGGUUCUGAUUCGGAAUCCGAGUCUAAUGAUGAGGAUGUCCAGGCACCAAUCUAUAGCAAAACCUCGGCCUAUCAAUUCAGCGAUGACGAGGAGGAGGUAAAGCGUGUGGUCCGUUCCACCAAAGAAAAACGCUAUGAAAAUAUCAGCGCGCUUAUUAAAACUAUUCGCAAUCAUAAGAAAAUUAAGGAUAUGUCGAGUAUUCUAACAAGUUUUGAGGACCUGACGAGGGCCUAUCAAAAGGCUUUGCCGGUCAUAUCCAAGGAGGAAAAUGGCAUUACUCCCCGCUUCUAUGUGCGUUGUUUGGCGGAAUUGGAGGAUUUCAUCAUCGAAGUGUGGGAGGAUAGAGAGGGUCGUAAGAAUCUUUCCAAGAAUAAUUCCAAAUCCUUGGGUACUUUGCGCCAGAAAGUGCGCAAAUACAUUAAAGACUUUGAGGAGGAUUUGGUGCGUUUCCGUGAGAAUCCUGAUCAAGAAAGUGAAGCCGAAGAUGAAGAAGUUGCCUAUGACUCAGACAAUGAGAAACAUCAUGUAGCCGCUGAAGGUGCCCGUGAUCCAAAGCAAGCAAGCGAACAAAAAUCUGCCAAGACUGCACCAGCUAAAUCUUUGGAACAAGAUCAAGAUGAUUCGGAUGAUUCUAUUGAUUGGGAUUCUGAUACUGAAUCCGAAACUGAAUCCUCUGAUGAUGACAAUCAAUAUGUUAAUAUCCGUGAUCGUUUCUUGAAAAAGUCCACCGGCAAGGAAGACAAAGAAGAUCGUGAUGAUCGUAAAAAAGACAAACGCACCAAGGAGCCCAAGGCACGCAGAAAGCAAGAGGAAGCCGAAGAUGAUGAAGGAUGGUUAAUCGUUGUUAAAGGCCCAGUGGUUGAGAAGCCAAAAAUGUUCGAGAAGGAUGCUGAAAUCGAUGUUCCUUUGGUGAUUGCCAAAUUGAUUGAGAUUAUGUCGGCUCGUGGCAAGAAACGUACCGAUCGUCGCAUGCAAAUCGACAUGUUAUUUGAAUUGCGCGAUAUUGCUGAACAGCAUUCUCUAGGUGUUGCUGUGGCUGUUAAAAUCCACUUUAACAUCAUCUCUGCCAUCUACGACUACAAUCAAAAGAUCUCGGAGCCCAUGAAGUUGGAGCACUGGGUUAAAUUGCUCGAUGUCAUGCAGAGCAUGAUGAAAUUGUUGUUGGCUAAUGAAGAUAUUACCAUGAGCGAAAGUGUAUCUGAAGAAAAUGAGGAAUUCAUUACACCCACCUAUUUAAUUCGUGGUUGUCCUUUGGCGGCCGUUGAACGUCUUGAUGAUGAGUUCACCAAAUUGCUCAAGGAAUGUGAUCCUCAUUCUAAUGACUAUGUGUUGCGUCUUAAGGAUGAAGUUAAUGUCACCCGCAUAAUUGAGAGUGUUUUACAAUAUUUCGAGAAAAUUGGCAACAACAAUGAACGUUGUCGCAUUUACUUGCGUAAGAUUGAACAUCUAUACUACAAGUUUGAUCCGGAGGUCUUGAAACGCAAACGUGGCGAAGUACCAGCCACCACCUCCACCACUGUUGAGGUCAUGGACCGUUUGUGCAAGUUCAUUUAUGCCAAGGAUGACACCGAUCGUAUCCGUACACGCGCCAUCUUGGCCCACAUCUACCAUCAUGCCUUGCAUGACAACUGGUUCCAAGCACGUGAUUUGGUGCUCAUGUCUCAUUUGCAAGACAACAUCGAUGUGGCUGAUCCUUCCACCAAGAUCCUCUACAAUCGCACAAUGGCAAAUUUGGGUCUGUGCGCCUUCCGUCAGGAGAACAUCAAAGAUGCCCAUCACUGUUUGGUUGACUUAAUGGUCACCGGUAAGCCCAAGGAAUUAUUGGCCCAGGGUCUUUUGCCUCAGCGUCAACAUGAACGUUCUGCCGAACAGGAGAAGAUUGAGAAGCAACGCCAAAUGCCUUUCCACAUGCACAUCAACUUGGAGUUGCUCGAAUGUGUGUAUUUGGUGUCCGCCAUGCUCAUUGAAAUUCCCUACAUUGCUGCCCAUGAAUUCGAUGCCCGUCGUCGCAUGAUCAGUAAGACUUUCUAUCAACAAUUGCGUUCAUCCGAACGUCAGUCGCUCGUCGGACCCCCCGAAUCGAUGAGAGAACAUGUGGUAGCUGCCGCCAAGGCCAUGCGUUGUGGCAACUGGCAAGCCUGCGUCAACUUCAUUGUCAACAAGAAGAUGAACACUAAGGUGUGGGACUUGUUCUACGAAUCCGACCGAGUACGCGAAAUGUUGGUGAAAUUCAUCAAGGAAGAGUCGUUGCGCACGUAUCUCUUCACCUAUUCCAAUGUGUACACUUCAUUGAGUAUUCCAUCGUUGGCAAAAAUGUACGACUUGCCCGUUCAAAAGGUGCACUCACUCAUCAGUAAAAUGAUUAUUAACGAGGAGUUAAUGGCCAGCUUGGACGAUCCCACGGAAACCGUGGUCAUGCAUCGCUCCGAACCAUCCCGUCUACAGGCCCUCGCCAUGCAAUUUGUCGAUAAGGUGACCAAUUUGGUGGAUGUCAACGAAAAGAUCUUCGACAUGAAGCAGGGCAACUUCUUCCAACGUGGUAACAUGAACAUGCGUAAUCGCAACUACAACCCCAACUCCAACAAUCAAGGUGGUGGUAACUGGGGUGGACAACGUCGCGAUAAUCGCAACCAGCGCAAUCGCAAUCAACGUAACCAACACCAUCACCAGAAAAAUCAACAUCAGCAACACAAUCAGGCCCAACAGCAACAAAACCAACACCACGAGCAACAAGUUCAACAACAAGUCAUCGUCGAAGAGUAGACUCUUGGUCUACGCUUAGGGGAACAACGCAGUAAUUGCUGAAACAACCCGUGCCAAUCUUAAUACCAUCUUCGUAAGAUUUUAUGAACAUGAAAUUUCAACGCAACAACAACAAUAUUUUCCCAAACUGGCGAUGUGCUCCCGGUCUCAGUGUGUGCCACAUACUUUGGGAUGCAUUUGGGACCGGGAGAAAAUCAACAAUAUCGGUUUCAUUUUAAAUUUGUGUAUAAAUUAAGGAUUUAAAUUCCUUUUUUUCCUAAAGUACGGUUGUUAACGGCUGCUUGGACUGUGUGUGUGAGCAUGAGCGUGUUUCUCCUUAGUGGUAUAAAGUAAUAUACAUAUUAAUAAUAAAAAAAACUUCAAGAAAAAAAAACUGAAUAAAAACAAUAAAAAAAACUUCAAAAACCCUAAAAGGCAGAAAACUAAA